AUGCUACGUCUUUGGAUCAUCUCGCUUGUAGCGUGCUCGAGGAUUCAGAAGAUACUGAGGCCUGGAGCCAGAGAGGUGUAUGGGGCUGUUCUUGAUAGCAAGGAUGUGGAGCUUACGAUCCAGCUGAACCAAUACUCCGAUAUGUCUGUGUACUACAAGAUAGUCAGGCCUGGCGAGGUUGACGACGACAGUGAUAUCAGAGAGGAGCUUGUGGAGGCGGUGGACGUAAGAUAUACGAUUCCCGGGGAGUACAGAAUCGAGGUCUACAACGACGGGCCUGAAAAGGCGUCUAUAAGCGUCUACACAGACGUCAUGUCAUCUGGAAGUGUUGACAACGACAACCUGGCAAUCAAGAAUCUGUUUCUUGACCUGGAGGCCAAGCUCAUGUCACUUCAUAGGACAAACACACGGCUGAAGACCAUCCAGGAGAACAACAUUGCAGAGGCUAGGAGGAUCCGAAACGGGUUGUACAUCAUGUUUGCAAUUCCAAUCAUGUAUGUCAUCAUAGGUCUGGCCAAGCUUCAUACGAUAAAGGCUAUGUUUGCCCCGAAGAAGGGAUCCCGAAUCUAG